CUAUCAAUUGUUUAGUUCAGAUCCGUAUGCACUAUGCAUGGUUUUAUUGCCCACAUCAGCAAUUGUUAAGCUCAAAUCCGUAUGCAUGGUUGUUAUUGUCCACAUCAGCACUCAAGUAGAGUCUUCGCAGAGCUUGUUUGUCAUAUGCAGCUUCUGAACUUACUAUUAGGCCCCCUUUGGAACGUAGGAUAGGAAAAAUGCAGGAAUAGGAAAAACAUAGGAAUUGAGAUGGUAGAUGUUUUGAAUCCUACAGGAAUUGAAACCAUAGGAAUUGAGAUGAGAAUACCUUUGAUAGCACCAUAGGAAAAAUAAAGGAAUCACCCUGCUUUGAUUUUGAAUUUGAAAGAAGCUACUAGCCGUUGCAGCAAGCUAUCAGUUGCCUUGUAUUUGCAUGUUAGCCGUUGCCUUGCUAGCUAGCUGUUGCCUUACAAGACCGUUGCCUUUGUAUGCCUUUAUAAAGCACUAGCUUAUAUAUUGCAACACAAAGAAGCGAAACUUGCUUCCUUCUUCAACAAACAAAGGCAAUCUGGUGAGUCACUUAGCUCUUCAUGCAUACUUAACAAUUUUUCUGCAUAUAUGUUAGUCAUGAUGGUAGAUGUUUUUCUUGUGCUUAAUUCAUUCCAGGCAAUAGCAGUUGAUAAAAGAAGCUAGCAAAGUGUUAUUUUUGGUUGUCACUUUCAUGGAUCGAAACUAUCAAAGAAGGUCACAAAAUGAAGAUGAGUUCAUACUUUUCGUUUUCCCGACUUUAGAAAGCAGUUCAUCACAACCAUCUACAAAGACACCUAUGCACACAUCCAAACUUUCAGGAGCAUCUCGUGUUCAAGAAAUCUUAACUAGGCAUGAGAUCCUAAGUAAAAGAAAUUUCCGUAUGGAACUUAGUGUUUUUCAUGCUUUGGUACACAAGCUUCGUGAGAAACAACUCCUUACUGAUUCAAGAGUUGUCUCGGUAGAAGAACAAGUUGCUAUAUUUUUAUAUGCACUAGCAAAAAAUGCAAGUAACGAGACAUUGGCAGAUUUCUUCCAACACAGUGGAGAAACAAUAAGUCGAUACUUUGGAGCUGUGCUUGAUGCAAUUACACAGCUAACAUGCAUAUAUAUUCGUCCACCGUCUCUACAUCCACAUCAGAUCUUGAGAAGACCAAAAUUUCACCCCUUUUUUCAGGAUUGUGUUGGCUCUAUUGAUGGGACACAUAUGCCAAUGAUACUUCCGCUGGAACAGCAAGAACCUUAUAGGAAUAGAAAGCAAACAAUUUCUCAAAAUGUGAUGCUAGCAUGCGAUUUUGAUUUGAAGUUUGUCCACGUACAUGCCGGUUGGGAGGGAUCCGCUUCAGAUGCAAGAGUUCUACAAGAUGCACUUGAUCAUGGCCUAGUAGUACCACCUGGUAAAUUUUUUCUUGUGGAUGCUGGUUAUGCAAACACAAUACAGUUCCUUGCACCGUAUCGUGGAACAAGGUAUCACUUACAAGAACAAGGAAGAGCCAAUCAAAAGCCUCGGAAUUACAAGGAGCUGUUUAAUCUUCGACAUGCACAACUGAGAAACCAUAUUGAGAGAUCAAUUGGUAUAUUGAAAAUGAGAUUUCCUAUACUAAGGACUGGCUCACACUAUCCUGUUGAUAAGCAAGUUGAUAUAUCAGUUGCUUGUUGUGUUUUACACAACUUUAUACGCCUACAUAAUGGAGAUAUGCAGUGGCCAACUAAUUCCAAUGAUGAGUUAGAUCCAGAACAGGUUGUUGAAAUGCCAAGUGGUGACCACAACUAUAACAGUGAUAUACAGAGAUUUAAUAAUUCUAGAGAAGCUGGAAAUCAAAAGAGAGAUGCUAUAGCACAUCAGAUGUGGGAACAAUAUGUAACUCACAGGACUUAAAUAUUGUACUGCUACAAAUAUUGUACUCUUACUAUUGUACUGCUAGAACAAUAUGUAGCUCACAGGACUUAAACAUUGUGCUGCUAGAAAUAUUGUACUCU